GGCGGAUCCCGGAACGCCGGCAGGCGUUAAUACCUCUGCGCAGGGGCGGAGUGAUUAGGUCAUAGAGCGGCUCCCAGCAUUCUCUGCGGCGGAGGAGGCGGGCCAGGCUAUAAAACCGGCUGCCGGGACGCGGCCGGCACCUCAUUCAUUUCCACCGGUCUCUUGUUGGGCAGCCUUGGCUUCUGUCAUCGUCGUCCCUCCGCCUCUGCCGCCCCCGCAAGGCUUUGCCGUCGCCGGAGCCACCUCCAGCGACUCGUCGCACCCGAUUCUCUCCGCUUCGCUUCCCGCCAACCGCAACCAUUGACGCCAUGUCGGGUUAUUCGAGUGACCGAGACCGUGGCCGGGAUCGAGGGUUUGGUGCUCCUCGAUUUGGAGGUAGUAGGGCAGGGCCCUUAUCUGGAAAGAAGUUUGGAAACCCUGGAGAGAAACUGGUUAAAAAGAAGUGGAAUCUUGAUGAGCUGCCCAAGUUUGAGAAGAAUUUUUAUCAAGAACACCCCGAUUUGGCUAGGCGUACAGCACAAGAGGUAGAGACAUACAGAAGAAGCAAGGAAAUUACAGUUAGAGGUCAUAACUGCCCAAAGCCAGUCCUGAAUUUUUAUGAGGCAAACUUCCCUGCAAAUGUCAUGGAUGUGAUUGCAAGGCAGAACUUCACUGAACCCACAGCUAUUCAAGCUCAGGGAUGGCCAGUUGCUCUGAGUGGAUUGGAUAUGGUUGGGGUAGCACAAACUGGAUCUGGGAAGACUUUGUCUUAUUUGCUGCCUGCCAUUGUCCACAUCAAUCAUCAACCAUUCCUAGAGAGAGGUGAUGGGCCUAUUUGCUUGGUGCUGGCACCUACUCGGGAACUGGCCCAACAGGUGCAGCAAGUAGCUGCUGAAUACUGUAGAGCAUGUCGCUUGAAGUCUACUUGCAUUUAUGGUGGUGCUCCCAAGGGACCACAAAUACGUGAUUUGGAGAGAGGUGUGGAAAUCUGUAUUGCAACACCUGGAAGACUGAUAGACUUUUUAGAAUGUGGGAAAACCAAUCUAAGAAGAACCACCUACCUUGUCCUUGAUGAAGCAGAUAGAAUGCUUGAUAUGGGAUUUGAACCCCAAAUAAGGAAGAUUGUGGACCAGAUCAGACCUGAUAGGCAAACCCUAAUGUGGAGUGCUACUUGGCCAAAAGAAGUAAGACAGCUUGCUGAAGAUUUCCUGAAAGACUAUAUUCAUAUAAACAUUGGGGCACUAGAACUGAGUGCAAAUCACAACAUUCUUCAGAUUGUGGAUGUGUGUCAUGACGUAGAAAAGGAUGAAAAGCUUAUUCGUCUAAUGGAAGAGAUCAUGAGUGAAAAGGAGAAUAAAACCAUUGUUUUUGUUGAAACCAAAAGAAGAUGUGAUGAGCUCACUAGAAAAAUGAGGAGAGAUGGGUGGCCUGCCAUGGGUAUCCAUGGUGACAAGAGUCAACAGGAACGUGACUGGGUUCUAAAUGAAUUCAAACAUGGAAAGGCUCCUAUUCUGAUUGCUACAGAUGUGGCCUCCAGAGGGCUAGAUGUGGAAGAUGUGAAAUUUGUCAUCAAUUAUGACUACCCUAACUCCUCAGAGGAUUAUAUUCAUCGAAUUGGAAGAACUGCUCGCAGUACCAAAACAGGCACAGCAUACACUUUCUUUACACCUAAUAACAUAAAGCAAGUGAGCGACCUUAUCUCUGUGCUUCGGGAAGCUAAUCAAGCAAUUAAUCCUAAGUUGCUUCAGUUGGUCGAAGACAGAGGUUCAGGUCGAUCCAGGGGUAGAGGAGGCAUGAAGGAUGACCGGCGGGACAGAUACUCUGCGGGCAAAAGGGGUGGAUUUAAUACAUUUAGAGACAGGGAAAAUUAUGACCGCGGUUACUCUAGUCUGCUUAAGAGAGAUUUUGGGGCAAAAACUCAGAAUGGUGUUUACAGUGCUGCAAAUUACACCAAUGGGAGCUUUGGAAGUAAUUUCGUGUCUGCUGGUAUACAGACCAGUUUUAGGACUGGUAAUCCAACAGGGACUUACCAGAACGGUUAUGAUAGCACUCAGCAAUAUGGAAGUAACGUUCCAAAUAUGCACAAUGGUAUGAACCAACAGGCAUAUGCAUAUCCUGCUACUGCAGCUGCGCCUAUGAUUGGUUAUCCGAUGCCAACAGGAUAUUCUCAAUAAGACUUUAGAAGUAUAUGUAAAUGUCUGUUUUUCAUAAUUGCUCUUUAUAUUGUGUGUUAUCAGACAAGAUAGUUAUUUAAGAAACAUGGGAAAUGCAGAAAUGACUGCAGUGCAGCAGUAAUUAUGGUGCACUUUUUCGCUAUUUAAGUUGGAUAUUUCUCUACAUUCCUGAAACAAUUUUUAGGUUUUUUUUGUACUAGAAAAUGCAGGCAGUGUUUUCACAAAAGUAAAUGUACAGUGAUUUGAAAUACAAUAAAUGAAGGCAAUGCAUGGCCUUCCAAUAAAAAAUAUUUGAAGACUGAAUUAAGUGGAAAUGGUACUUUAUUUUACAUAUAUAAUGUCAUGUAAAACUGCUUAGAUGGUCUUUUUUAGUCAUAAAACUAAAAUUGACUGCUCCUUUCUAUAAUUUCAUUUCGGGAAGUGGGGAGAUCAGAAGGCUCUUCUUAAAGUGAUCUAUUCUAAUUGCAAGGACUAAAAUUCAAUUGAUUUAGGUUGAUUAGCAGUUCUAGCUAAAUUACAUAAAGGCUUUCUUUUGGUGCCUCCCCAAAUCAGGUGAGUCAUUUGAAUAGUCAUUUAAAUGGUGAAAGGAGAUACUAAAACAGGGAACAAGUGUAUAGCCCCACCCUUAACUUAGAUUGCUUAGUGAGAAUAUGGAUGACUUUGUUCCUUUUGGAAAUUUGUAAUUUGGGAAAAGUCUUCAAAUAACUUUUCGAGAGAGAUUAUAUUUGCUCCGGGCUGUACUAUUACUGAGGCUGAAAGACUACACCCUUCAAGAUGGUUGGCCACAAGCUAAGAUUGAAUUCAUGUUCUGUGUUCUCCUGCCAGGGGUAGUACAGAAAGGCUAGUCUUCAUAGGCCUCCUGGGGCUCUUAACUAGUCAAGCUAGGAGUCAUGAAUGCCCAGUAAUUGAGGGAACUCUGGAGGAUUUCAAAAUGUAGAAUAGGAUGAAAGACAUCCUCAAAUUUAACGGGUUAAUCUAGAGGAAGCCACGUUACCCAAAGCACAGUGACUAUGAUAUAGGUCCGUUUGUUAGGGUCAACAUGGGUUUAUUGCUGAAAAGAUCUGAUGGGUAGCUUUAACUGUCUCUCACCAACCUUAAUACUUCAUUUGAAUGUCUUCUCAUGUUUGCAAGGAGAGGGUAGGAUUUUAUGAGACUUCAUUUAAACUGUGGUUAUUGAGGCUUUAAUUGGUGUUAAUGCCUUACCUCUAAAA